AUGGCGUGCUGCGCCCACGCUCAGGUGGCUCCGUACCGCCCGCAGUUCGCCAUGCAGCGGAGAUCCGCGACGAUGAGCGGCACGGGAAGCCUUGCGCACUGUCGUGCGCGCACGAAGCUGCCGACGCGAGGGCGCGCAGCUGCGCGCCCAGCCCCUCGCCGGCCGCUCACGCGCUCGGCAGGACGUUGUAGAGGACGCGGGCUCCGCGCGCUGGCGGAUGACAAGAUAUGUUGGAUCCAGACCACGAGCAAGGACGUCAUCACCGCGGGGCUCGAGGCCGGGAUCGACACGUUCCUCUUCGACCUGGCGCGCGUCGAUUCGGAGUUCGCGGACAUGGCCAAGUCGCUCGGCAAGAUGCAGAAGAUGCUGCUGUCGGGGCGCAACGUCACCGACGACAAGGGGCAGCCGGCGGGGCGGUUCUUCCCGAUCAGCUCCGGCGACGACCUGAAGGACCUGCAGGAUCGCGUCGAGAGCGCGCAGCUCACGGGCACGGUGAUCAUGGACGCUGCGGACUGGCAGAUCAUUCCGGCGGAGAACCUGGUCGCGGCGGCGCAGCCCGUGGCCGACGCGUGCACGCUGCUCGCCGCGACCCCCGACGCGGCCUCCGCGCGCACCAUGCUCGAAGCUCUCCAGGUCGGGACGGCGGGCGUCGUGCUGCGCACGGAGGACCCAGCGGAGGUGCGGGAGCUCGCGAGCUACCUCGCGGCGCGCGGCGGCAGCUCCGAGCGCCUCGCCCUGUCCCGCGGGCGCGUGGUGCGGGUCGCGCCGGCGGGCAUGGGCGACCGCGCGUGCGUCGACCUCACGAGCCUCCUCCCGCCCGGCUGGGGCAUGCUGGUCGGGUCGUUCUCCCGGUGCCUCAUGCUCGUGCACUCCGAGUGCCUGGAGUCGUCCUACAUCGCGAGCCGGCCGUUCCGGGUGAACGCGGGCCCCGUGCACUCGUACACGGCGGCCAAGGGGGGCAAGACGGCGUACCUGUCGGAGCUGGCCAGCGGCUCGGAGGUUCUGGUAGCUGACGGCGAGGGCAACCAGCGCUCGGCGGUGGUCGGGCGCGUGAAGAUCGAGCAGCGGCCGAUGGUGCUGGUGGAGGUGGAGACGCCGGACGGCGAGCGGUCGUCUGCGAUCUUGCAGAACGCGGAGACGGUGCGGCUGGUGGCGCCUGCGGGGUCACCCAAGGGGCGCGCGGUGUCGGUGGCGGAGCUCGAGGAGGGCGACGAGGUGGUGGUGCUGCAGCAGGGCGGCGCGCGGCACACGGGGAUGGCGAUCGACGAGUGGAUACGGGAGCAGUAG